AUGGCGCCCCCUCCCAGCAAACGCCAGAAGCGGGAGGAGUACCGCAAAGCGCAGCAGGAAGCGCAGAACGCCGACGGGGAGGUCAAGAUGCCCAAGAAGAGUCCUCUCAGCCCCGCGCAUAUGGAUUGGGCGUCGCAUUUCCCUGCUUUUGUCGAUCCUGACCCGACAAAGACGAACCUUGGUGGCGCACGGAAACUCGUCAAGGAUGUGGAGGUGGUUGAUAUAGGAUGCGGGUUUGGCGGGUUGUUGGUUGGACUCGCUCCGCUGAUGCCGGAUACCUUGAUGAUCGGCAUGGAAAUCCGCACCCAAGUCCUAGAUUAUCUUCGCACGCGCAUCCACGCCCUCCGCGCCCAGCAGCAAAAGGCAAGAGGAGUAUCUAUUUCUAGCGCAUCCACGUCAGGUACACCUGCUGCACCGUCAGAAGGGUCUCCUUCAUCUUCAUCGAAUCAGGCAGAUAGCGCUUCUACACCUGAAGGCGCUCCUUCGAUACCAGACAGAAACGCCUCAGUAUCACCAUCCGCUGCCGUUCCUGGCGGGUACCAGAACAUCUCCGCUCUCCGGGCCAACACGAUGAAGUUCCUCCCCAAUUUUUUCGCCCGACACCAGCUGUCCAAGAUCUUCAUCUGCUUCCCUGACCCGCACUUCAAGGCGCGCAAGCACAAGGCGCGCAUCAUCUCGUCGAGCCUGAAUGCCGAGUAUGCAUACGUGCUGCGGCCCGGAGGGCUUUUGUACACCAUCACCGAUGUCGAAGAAUACCAUCAUUGGAUAUUGAGGCAUUUUGGUGAGAAGGUGACAACGACAACAACAACAACAACAACAACAACAACAACAACAACAACAACAACAACAACAACAACAACGGAGGAGGGAACAAAAGAAGAAAAGGCAGAGACAGAGAAAACCGAGGCAGAAGCAGAGGAGGAGGAAGAGGAGGAGUAUGAAGCAGGCGUACGAGGUGUUCGGGAACUAUGGGAGCGCGUCCCGAACGAGGAGCUGGAGAAAGACGAAUGCGUGCGAGUCAUGAAAGAAGAGACGGAAGAAGGGAAGAAAGUCACCCGGAACAACGGGCCGAAAUUCGUCGCCGUGUUCAGACGGCUACCUGAUCCUGCUUGGACGGGGUCAUGA